UAUCAUUUGACUGGUGAUGUACUCUUUGACAGUACGUUUUUGACGUGGACAAAAAUAUGUGUGUUUUUGAUCAGUUUUUUCGUUCAUAGUUUGUGAUGUUCUAGCAGAGCUAUUAUAGCAAGUAAUUCCAGCAAAGUGUUGUCCUCAAAAUGAAUGAACAAGACAUUCCCAUCGAAAUAACCGCCACAAAACUACUGGAAUGGCUGGAGAGUAGAAAAAUUGUUUCGAAAAAUUGGCAAAGCCAAGUCCGCGAGAUCCGGAGCAAAAUUAGUAAUGCCUUGAACGAUAUGCCCGUUCAUCCGGAGCUGGUGAAAUUACUAUCUGGAUCAUACAUCAACUACUUUCAUUGCCUUCAAAUUGUCGACAUUCUCAAGACAACCGAGGCUGACACAAAAAGUCUAUUCGGUCGUUAUGGCAGUCAACGUAUGAACGAUUGGCAAGGUAUCGUCCGAUCGUACGAAAAAGACAAUGUCUAUUUGGCAGAAGCCGGCCAGAUAUUGCAGCGACAGAAUGUAGAAGUGCCUGGACUCAGAAAGCAACGUAAUAAAAUUGGUCAAAUGAUCGACGACACGGAGGAGCGCAUAAAGAAUUUAAUUCGAUCGGAAGAGCAUUUGCUGAAAGAGCGACAAAUCAUUUGCCAGCAGCUGGGCAUCAAGGGAAGUAAUCUGAAAGAGGAAUUUACAGCACGAAUUAAGGAACUGCCGACAUUCUACGAUGAAAUAGUGAAAGCUCUGCCGAAAUUACGCAAAGCCGUCGAUUACUAUUUGGAGUUUUCGGCAAAUUCAGAGUUUUUGCCAUUGUUGCGACACAUUUUGGAGUAUGGGAACACGACUGUCUACCAGUUCAUCUACAAUGAACCUCCGCUUUCGAUCGAAGAGCCUCCGAUAACAGUCACAUUGACAGAUACUGAAGUAUCAGCAGACGCUGAUGGAGAGAUUGACUUUGGUGACUUGAGUGUCGAAGCGUCGAUCGACUUCGGUGAAGAAAUUGUCUUGGCUGAAGAUGACGGAGCUAUUGACUGGGGAGAUGUCGGAGAAGCGGAAGCUAUUGUCAACGUGUCGUUAGAGGAGAGUGGCAUUGUAGUGGCUGAUAGUGGACUGGAUGGCGGUGUUGCGCGGGGUGAAGAAGCAUUCACUGUGUUGGAUAAUCCGUUUCAUCGAGACCAAUUUAUUGAUGAAGUGUUUGAGCUGCAAGCGUUCCUGUUAAUGCGACAAUACGAAUUGAAGUCGGACCAAGCAAACUCGUUUGUAUUUUCAAUCAUCGAAGGGAAUAGCAAGUAUGAUGUGGAGACAGUCAAUGAGAUGCUUGCGUGCGUUCAGACUAUAUUAACUGCAACUUCCAGUGAAGCAUUGGAGCACUUACAUCGCUUGAAACAUUCACCAAAAUAUGCUAAAAUCUUAGCAUCCAAAUUGCAGCAACAAUUGCUAACGGUCGCUAAGAUUCGGUCUACACGCGAAAUAAACAAAGAGAAAAUCGUUACGCUCGGCAUCGAAAAGGAGAACAUUAGGCCAAUCAUAUCGAAGUUGAUUGCUAGCACGAAACAAUUGCAACAACUGAUUGAAAAGGAUAUUUCGAAGCGGUAUAAGGGCAGAAAUGUGAUAUUGUACGGUGGUGUUGAGUCUGAUCCGAUGGAUUGAUAAAUAAAACUUUUUCGUUAAGUUGAAA